GCGGGGCCGGGGCCGCCGGGCAGGAGGGGCCGGGGCCGGGCGCUGUGUCGGUGGCGCCGUCGGUGGCGGGGCUGAGCGGCGGUGCCCGGGCCAUGCACUCCCUCACCCAGGAGAUCCGCAACUUCUCCAGGGCCAACCUGCGGAAGCAGCGCACCCGGGUGACGACGCUGACCGGCCGCAGGGUCAUCGAGACCUGGCGCGGCGCCUGCCUGCAGGUGGAGGAGGCGGAGGCGGCGCCCGGCGGCAGCGGCUAUGUGCAGGACCUCAGCGCCGACCUGCAGGUCGGCGUCGUGAAGCCUUGGUUGCUUCUGGGGUCGCAGGAUGCUGCUCACGACCUGGAGACGAUGAAAAAGUAUAAGGUUACUCAUGUUCUAAAUGUUGCCUAUGGAGUCCAAAAUGCCUUCCUGGAUGACUUCAUAUAUAAGACCAUUUCAAUCCUGGACCUUCCAGACACAGACAUUACCUCCUAUUUCCCAGAAUGUUUUGAAUUUAUUGAGAAAGCCAAGAUCCAGGGUGGAGUGGUGCUGGUCCACUGCAACGCAGGGGUCUCCCGUGCAGCAGCAGUAGUCGUUGGCUUUCUAAUGCACUCAGAAGGACUGAGUUUCGCCAGAGCCUUUUCCUUGGUGAAAACCGCCAGGCCUGCGGCGUGCCCAAACCCUGGCUUCAUGGAGCAGCUGCACCGGUACCAGGAACGGAAUAUAAAGGCAAAUGGAAGCAUAAAUGAUCAUGACUGAGCCAAAGGGAGGAGUGGAACAAUCUGCUUUGACUCUGCAGUGACAGAUGUUGGAUGUGCUUCAGUCGGUCGUGUUGCUGCCCCCUUUGCCAGGUGCAUUUUGAAGUCUUUUGUGUAU